AUGAUUAAAGACCAUGAUAUAAAUACUUCACAUAUGAUGGAAACUCGUUCCGUUGCAACUGUUACCGAUCCAUUACCAUCCGAUCAAUUUCGGAAAAAUUCACAUAAUGAUGAUAAUGUAGUCAAUGUGCCGAAUCAUAUUCUUGAGAAGCUUCUUCGACAUUCUCAUUUUCCGUAUGUUUCCGCAUCCUUUUUGGGAGACACUUCAACUCAUCACAAUGCUUCAGAUGAACCGGAAGUAUUGUCAACUUCCAAAUUUGAAACUAAACUUUUUGAAGUUGAUGCCAGUACAAGUAAAGCACUGCAACGAGAACAAUCUUUCAAUGAAGAUAGUGUUCCACAAAAAGGAUCCUCUUGGUCCAUGCAUGAUUUAAACCGAAUAUCAGGGCCUAAUUCCGGUUCUCUUAGUAGGAAAGGAUCAAGUGAUUCAUUGUCUAGUUAUGAGGGACCGAAAAUGGGUGAACCCGGACGACCUGGUACACGAGAUUUGGACUGGUCAAUUCGCAAACUGAAUGUACGAAAACAG